UGAGCUGCUACGUCAUCAGCUCGAGAACUCGCUCGAUCUCGUGAGCGCGCUGUCACUGACUGAGAGUCUCCGAGGAGACACUAAAUCAACGCUUCAGAUUCCAGAGGGUGCUAUGGCGACCUUCCAGGAGUUCAUCCAGCAGAACGAGGACCGCGAUGGCGUCCGUUUCAGUUGGAACGUCUGGCCGUCCAGCCGCCUGGAAGCCACGCGCAUGGUGGUUCCCGUGGCCUCUCUGUUCACCCCGCUGAAGGAGCGUCCAGAUCUUCCCCCGAUUCAGUACGAGCCGGUGCUGUGCAGCCGGGCCACGUGUCGGGCUGUGCUCAAUCCUCUGUGUCAAGUGGAUUACAGAGCAAAACUCUGGGCUUGCAACUUCUGUUAUCAGAGAAAUCAGUUCCCACCAACUUACGCUGGAAUAUCGGAGGUCAACCAACCAGCUGAGCUACUUCCACAGUUCUCUACUAUUGAGUAUGUUGUCCAGCGUGGUCCGCAGAUGCCCCUGAACUUCCUGUAUGUGGUGGACACAUGCAUGGAAGACGAUGAUCUGCAGGCACUGAAGGAGUCACUUCAGAUGUCUCUCAGCCUGCUGCCUCCCACUGCUCUAGUAGGCCUCAUUACGUUUGGACGCAUGGUCCAGGUUCAUGAGCUGGGCUGUGAGGGCAUCUCUAAGAGCUACGUCUUCAGAGGGACCAAAGACCUCAGUGCUAAACAGCUUCAGGAGAUGCUUGGGUUAACUAAACCAACUGCAGCACAGGCAGGCCGAGGGCCACAACAGCCUCAGGCUCCUCCUUCAAACAGGUUUCUCCAGCCAGUACAGAAGAUAGAUAUGAAUCUGACAGAUUUGCUGGGAGAGCUGCAGAGAGACCCCUGGCCCGUCACUCAAGGAAAACGACCACUGAGAUCACUCGGAGUGGCUCUUUCCAUUGCUGUUGGUCUGUUAGAGUGCACCUUCCCUAACACUGGCGCUCGCAUCAUGGCUUUCAUCGGUGGGCCCGCCACUCAGGGUCCGGGCAUGGUGGUAGGAGAUGAACUGAAAACGCCUAUUAGAUCCUGGCAUGACAUCGAAAAAGACAACGCUAAGUUCAUGAAGAAAGCCACUAAACACUAUGAAGCCUUGGCCAACCGUUCUGCUGCCAAUGGACACAUCAUUGAUAUUUAUGCAUGCGCUCUGGAUCAGACAGGAUUACUGGAAAUGAAGUGCUGCACCAACCAUACAGGGGGUUAUAUGGUCAUGGCGGACUCUUUCAACACAUCCCUGUUCAAGCAAACUUUCCAGAGAGUUUUCACUAAGGACGUGCAGGGCUCUUUUAAGAUGGCAUUAGCAGGGACUCUGGAGAUUAAGACUUCAAGAGAGAUAAAGAUUUCUGGAGCAAUCGGCCCAUGUGUCUCCCUGAACGCCAAAGGUCCCUGUGUGUCAGAAAAUGAAAUAGGAACUGGUGGAACAAGUCAGUGGAAAAUCUGUGGGCUGGAUCCAAACACCACUCUUGCGUUUUACUUUGAGGUCGUCAAUCAGCACAACGCACCUAUCCCACAGGGUGGACGCGGAGCCAUACAGUACGUAACGCAGUACCAGCAUUCUAGUGGGCAGAGGCGCAUCAGAGUGACCACAAUUGCAAGAAACUGGGCUGAUGCGCAGACGCAGAUCCAGAGCAUAGCUGCAUCUUUUGACCAGGAGGCCGCUGCCAUCCUCAUGGCCCGCCUGGCCGUCUAUAGGGCCGAGACGGAGGAGGGCCCGGAUGUCCUGCGCUGGCUGGACCGACAGCUCAUCCGCUUGUGCCAGAAAUUUGGAGAUUAUCACAAAGACGAUCCCAACUCAUUCCGCUUCUCUGAGACGUUCUCAUUGUAUCCUCAGUUCAUGUUUCAUCUGAGGAGGUCUCCGUUCCUGCAAGUGUUCAACAACAGUCCUGAUGAAAGCACCUAUUACAGACACCAGUUCAUGAGACAGGACCUGACACAGUCUCUGAUAAUGGUACAGCCCAUCCUGUAUGCGUACUCGUUCAACGGGCCGCCAGAGCCCGUGUUGCUGGACAGCAGCAGUAUCUUGCCUGACCGCAUCCUCCUCAUGGACACCUUCUUCCAGAUUGUGAUUUACCACGGUGAGACGGUGUCUCAGUGGCGUAAAGCCGGGUACCAGGACAUGCCUGAGUAUGAAAACUUUCGACACCUGCUUCAGGCCCCCGUGGAUGAUGCCCAAGAGCUUCUGCACACUCGUUUUCCCAUGCCACGCUACAUUGACACAGAGCACGGCGGCAGUCAGGCUCGUUUCCUCCUCUCCAAAGUGAAUCCUUCUCAGACUCACAACAACAUGUAUGCAUGGGGUCAGGAGUCUGGCGCACCCAUUCUGACAGACGACGUGAGUCUUCAGGUGUUUAUGGAUCAUCUGAAAAAGCUGGCAGUCUCCAGCGCUGCCUAAGAGCUGCUGCUUGUCAAUCUUUUUCCUCAGCAACACACAGCCAGCAGAGUCACAUUGGCACUGCCCUCAGUUUCCCCCAUUUAUAUCAUGAAUAUAUUGAGCCUACAUCUUCGAGUCAUUCGUGAAGAAAAAGGUCAUUCUUCACUGAUUAAUUAUGACAAAAAUGGUAAACACUACAUGUUGAGUACACAUCGGGAAAAGAUAUUUGUUACUGUUUUGAACAGAAUGAACAUAUUUAGCUUUGUGAGUGAAGUAGCAACAUUUAAUUUACACAAAAAUGUCAAUUCAUUCAUUAUGUACUCGCCCUCAUGUUAUUCCAAGCCCAUAUGCUGAUUUACUAUUUUUUUUGGGAUAUCUGGACACAAACUUGAAUAAUUUUAUGAAUUAUUAUUUCGAUAUGUUUUUCUGAAGCCAUAUAUUAGCUUUCUAGUCAUUAUCCACUGUCUAGCCUACAUUAGCUUCCAAAAUAAAAAAUGCAUGUUGCAUUGGUUUACUAUACUAGCCAAAACCAACACCAUAUUUUGUCCAUUGCGUUCACACACUAUUUUUGAUUUAGUCUAAGAUGUCUAUUUGAUUAUAGGAGAGUUUAUAUUAAAAGUACUAUUAAAGUAAAGUUCAUUAAUAUUUACUGAACUGUAUCUUAAAGCAAUAAGCCAUGACAUGCCAUUACUGUUUCCUGUUGAUUGCUUUAACACACCAUUUUUGAAUGCACUAGAUAUUAAUUAUUUUAAAUGUCCCUGUGCAAAGCUACUGUACUGCUUCAGAAAACCUAAAAUGUAGUCAUAUCGAUUUCUUUUAUUGUGCUUUUUUCCUGUGGCAGAAACCACAACAAUUCUUCAAAAGCUGUUACUGCCAGCAUAUGGGUUUGGAACAACAUGAGGGCGAGUAACUGAUUGAACAUUCAUUUUUUGGCUAAACUGUUGCUUCGAAACUGAUGUUUACGCAUAUAAUGCUCUGUGAUGAGACCUCAUGUUGAACGGAGAAAAGAAACUAGCUGGUUUUAGCACACCUGCAGCAGAUACUUUUGUUUGCCUAGUCGAGGAAGGUGAAAGCAGUGCCAAUGUAGCCAAUUAAGCAUGAGAGCUGGAACGCCGCCUCUAGCUAACGGCGCAGAACAAUGGCUUAUUUUUAGACCCUGUGUGCGUUUCUCGUCUCGUUGCGGUUGAUGGCUUGUGUUAGAGAGCGGGUUUGAAUGCCCCAUUCUAAACACAGACUUGCGGAAUUUGUAAGCUGCCUUUCUGUCUGUAGCUCUGAUAUUUAUGAGCCGUUUCUAGCAGUAUUGUAUGUUUUGUUUCUAAUAAAACUGGCUUCGUGAUCCCA